AUGCCCGACUCGCCGGUCUAUAUUGGCACUGCCUUUGUGGCUGGUGUCUGUCUUACAAUUGUGUGUCGCGACUUGAUUGCAUCGAGUCGUAGCGAGACCGAGAGUACCACAGACAAGUCGAAGCCACCUGCGCGGGCUGGUCCCCCGGCCAUUGUGGAGGGCAUCGAGGGCUGUAUCGGGAACACGCCGCUCUUUCGAAUCAAGUCGCUUUCCGAGGAAACAGGGUGUGAGAUCCUGGGUAAAGCAGAGUUCCUCAAUGGCGCCGGACAGAGCUCGAAAGACCGGGUCGCACUGAGCAUGAUUGAGAUGGCAGAGGAACAUGGUAUACUCGCUCCCCACACGGGCGACACCAUUUACGAAGGCACCUCCGGAUCGACGGGCAUUUCACUAGCCACCCUAGCCCGGGCAAAGGGCUAUCUCGCACACAUAUGUAUGCCCUCCGACCAAGCAAUCGAAAAAUCCAACCUGCUCCUCAAACUCGGCGCAAUCGUCGACCGCGUGCCGCCAGCCCCAAUCGUCGAAAAAGACAACUUCGUCAAUAAAGCCCGCGCCCUCGCACAAGCCCACACAGCAUCAGGGACAGGCCGUGGCUUCUUCGCGGACCAGUUCGAAAAUGAAGCCAACUGGCGCGCGCACUACCAUGGUACCGGACCCGAACUAUACACUCAAUGCAAUGGACAUAUGGACGCCUUCGUUGCCGGGGCUGGGACGGGAGGGACCAUUGCCGGUGUGGCGCGCUACUUGAAGCCUCUCUUGCCGCAUAUCACGGUCGUACUGGCUGAUCCACAGGGUAGCGGGUUGUAUAAUCGGGUGAGGUAUGGUGUGAUGUUUGAUCCUAAGGAGCGGGAGGGCACGCGGCGGAGACCGCAGGUUGAUACGAUCGUUGAAGGAAUUGGGAUAAAUCGUGUUACGGCGAACUUUGAGGCUGGAAAGGAGCUCGUUGACGAUGCGGUGCGCGUGACGGAUGCACAGGCGCUGGCUAUGGCGCGAUGGCUUGUUGAGAAGGAUGGGAUUUUUAUUGGGAGCAGUAGUGCGGUCAACUGUAUUGCGGCAGUCAAAACAGCCAUGAAACUCGGCCCCGGACACCGGAUUGUCACGGUGCUCUCGGACUCGGGGUCGCGGCAUCUGUCGCGGUUCUGGGCUAGGGCUGGGGAUGUGGGUGGCGCUGUUGAUACGAAGCUGGAAGACGUUUUGAAUGCGCGCGAUGAGGACUUUUAA